CUUUAGUUCAGAAUGAGACCAGACUGAUCCACGCAUCAAAUCGCUCUGUGAGCACCGUUAAUUUCCCUGAUUGAAACUGAACUGUCAAUCACUUCUAAUGGAGUCCAAUCAGAAAGCAGACGGGCUGACGGGGACGCAGCGGGAGGCGGGACUAAGGGCUCUCACACAGCGAACCGGCUACUCCCUCAAACAGGAGAAUGGUCAGAGGAGGUACGGUGGACCUCCUCCAAACUGGGAUGGACCUCCUCCAGAACGAGGCUCCGAGAUCUUUGUGGGAAAACUGCCCCGAGACCUGUUUGAGGACGAGCUGGUACCACUGUGUGAGAAGUUUGGUCAGAUCUAUGAGGUGAGGAUGAUGAUGGACUUUAACGGGAACAAUCGUGGCUACGCUUUCGUCACCUUCGGCAGCCGCCAGGAGGCCAAGAACGCCAUGAAGCAGCUCAACAACCACGAGAUCAGACCUGGCAGACUUCUCGGCGUUUGUCCCAGCGUGGAUAACUGCCGGCUCUUCGUGGGCGGGAUCCCGAAGUGCAAACGUCGAGAGGAGAUCCUGAGUGAGGUGUCAAAGGUCACGGAGGGGGUCAGUGAUGUCAUCGUUUACCCGAGCGCCGCCGACAAGACCAAGAACCGCGGUUUUGCCUUCGUCGAGUAUCAGAGCCACAGAGCCGCCGCUAUGGCCCGGAGGAAACUACUGCCAGGGAGGAUCCAGCUCUGGGGUCAUGCCAUCGCGGUGGACUGGGCGGAGCCUGAGGUGGAGGUGGACGAGGAGACCAUGGCCACGGUAAAGAUCCUGUACGUGAGGAACUUGAUGCUGCAGACGACAGAAGAAACGAUUCAGAAGGAGUUUAACUCAGUGAAACCAGGAGCUGUGGAGAGAGUGAAGAAAAUCCGAGACUACGCUUUUGUUCACUUCACUCACAGAGAAGAUGCUGUAAACGCCAUGAACCAGCUGCACGGGAAGGUGAUAGACGGCUCCCCGAUCGAGGUGACUCUGGCUAAACCUGUGGAUAAGGACAGUUAUGUGAGAUACACCAGAGGCACCGGAGGACGAGGAGCCACCCUGCAGCCCGACUACGCCACCUACACACUCGGACAGGUCUAUGACCCGUCCAUGGCGUACCUGGGGGCUCCUGUGUUCUACGCCCCUCAGGCCUACGCCAUCCCGGCUCAGCUCCGGCUCCCUAAAACACAGGUGUGUGGGCGGGGCCUGGUCCGGACGCCAUCGGUGCGAGACGUUUACAUGAGUGUACCUGUAGGGGCCGCCGGCGUGCGCGGGCUGCCCAGGGGUGGGGCUUACAUCACAGGGGGUGGGGCUUACCUCACAGGGGGCGGAGUCUCUGGAAGAGUGGGAGGUGGGGUCUCCUCUAACCCCGCCUACAAAAUGGACUCCAAGCAACACCAAGACAAACUGUUCGACCUCCUGCCCGGGAUGGAACUAACCCCCCUAAAGACUGGCAAGACUCCGGCACAGGUUCUGGAGGAGCUGUGUCAGAAGAAUGGUUGGGGUUCUCCUGUGUAUGAGCUGCACUCGGCCCAGACUCCAGACCAGAGACAACUGUUCCUCUACAAAGUGACUAUCCCCGCCCUCGCCUCGCAGUACCCCAACACACACCCAGUGACUCCCUCUAAGCUCUGCUCGUCGGUGGAGGAGGCCCGGGUCCACGCAGCUGAACACACUCUGAGUACUUUGGGUUUGGCCGAGAUUCCAGACCAGGUCUCAGGAUCUGGGUCUGGACCAGGAUCUGGACAAGGACAGGGUCUGGUUCCUGGGACCAUCUCUGGACCGGUCUCUGGGACCAUCAGCCCCGGCACCCUGGCCUACACAGCAUAUCCUCUGGCGGCCGCGGCUUCGAUGGCGUCUCUCAAACCGACCCUGAGUCCAGAUCUGACCUACGCCUCCUAUGACGGGUACUCCGCCUUCACGCUGCGCCCGGCCACUCUCCUCUGACCUCUGACCCUCUGACCCUGCACUAUGUCAUUCCCCUUGGUCUGUAAUCGACUUAAGAAAUUCCUGGUCGACUAACGACAUGUCCUGCCAUUCGAUUGGUCGACUAAAAGAAGGGGGCGUGGCAAAAGCUCUCAAUACUAUCUCUGUGUAUCUGACCCAAACUGCACUUACAACACUUCACCAGCAGGGGGAGCGCAUGCAAAAACUAAUUUUUACACAGAGAAAAGUACCAGGAAACAAUGUAUAUAUAAAAAGACAGAAUACACUUUUGAAUCAUGAGUUUAAUCUGUCUUUUUAUAUAUAAAUACCAAAAAAUACCAAAUCUUUCUUACCUUUCUGCAGCCCUAGAUUCCCCAGUUUGAGUCAGAGCCCAAUUCGCGUCACAAUCCGUUCUGCACAUGCUCAGAAGCUUUGUCAUUUACUACACAAACACGGUAACCUGCAUGAACGAGUUUUAUUCUAAAUCUGUUUAUUUUUCUUAAAGUCAAUAGUUUUGUUAAGUCGAAGGUUUGUAAAAAAACAGCAUUUGUAACUGAUGCUAAACCUGAGCAGACACGAAACAUGGAUGCUAGCUAAUAUGUUUUUCUAAAAAUAAACUGUAUAAAACCUUCUUUACAAACUCGAUAUAAAUGAACAGAUCUUAAAUGAACAGAAACUGACAGAACAAUGUAAAUUAAUGCAAAUCAAGCUAACGACUAGCUUGAGCGACGCAAAUUUGGCAAAUGACUGAAACUGGGGAAUGACCUUUAACCCUCCACCCGGUUGCUGUCUUGUGAAUGCCCUGUUUAAAAAAAUAAAUAAAUAAAUAAAAUGGAAAAGAUAUUUAAAUUAUUAUUAUUAUUAGAUACAAUAAAAAUGAAUGAAUGUCUUUCCCAAACAGUUAAAGUCACAGUGUGUAACUUUUUAGCCACAAAUAGACCACGAUAAAAGCGUGUUUUUGUCAUGUGGGAGGUUUUUGCUGCACUCAAAACAGGACAAACAAACGUGACUCUUAUUUGUCCCGAGUGUUUCCAUAGAAAUGUAAAAUUACACCUUCAGAAAGUUACACACUGUAGCUUUAAAUUACAAAAUAAAGUUCCAACAAAUUGAAAUAAUUGGUGGUUUUGUAGAACGAUUGUGACGAUUUCAUAGUAACAGAUGAGGGCAGAGCAUAGACUGUAUAUAUAAAUGGACGUAGCUACCCUGCUAGCACAAACAGGAAGUGAGCAUGUGCACGCUUCCGACUCCAUCGAAUCUGGCUCCAAUUCACUUUCUAUUGAAAAACUGUCGCCCCUCGCUUUGUAACUGCUGCUGUCAAACCCGUCAUUUUGGUCUUGUUCGUAUUAAUCUUCGCUACAUGAUCCUGGUGUUUUUAUUUCGCUAUUGUGUCCGUAAACCAACAUUUGAACGUUAAUAACAGACAAAUCAGGGGCCUUCUUUCUCCGAGGUCACUCCCGCUAGCAUUAGCAACAGGUUUGAUUGACAGUUUGCUAGACCUCGCUCUGGAUUGGCUCUUUGGUUGCUAUGAGUCUCGUGGUUUUCCAAAUAUGAAGCUCCAAUUUCAUCCCAUAUGUGCAGGGCCGGUCCCCGGUUUUCAGGGGGCCCUAAGCUGAAUUUGUCUCUGGGGCCCCCUCCUGGCUCAUUGGCUAUUAGUGAUUCACAUUUGACACUUUCUGAUUCUGCUCUCACCACUUUGACCAGUUGUAUUUGUGUUUAUUUGACCAAUAUCAGACUGAAAACAUCCAGAACGUCACAACUACCACAGUCACAAGAACAGAACACAAACAUAUAAAGCGGGGGACAAGGUUUUUUUUUUAAUUGUAGACGUUUUUUCUUCAUUUCUGGUGGAUUUUAAUGUGUUCCAGUUGGCAACAGUGGGCUUAGAUUUACAUUAUGUCAGGUCCUUGCACCGGUAUAAACACAUAGCUGCCCUCACCUCUGCCCGACUCAAAAACAAACGUAGCAGCAGUAGAUUUUUAGAAAAAUUAGGGAAAAAAAGUUGAAAAAUUAAUUGUUUUAGAUUUUUGUGCUGCUGUAAACACUGAAGCCUUGGUUCCAAUAAAACUUGACAUAUUGUAUUAUUUUCAAUAUAAAUGUAUGGACUCUUGGGGCCCCCUGGUGACCUCGGGGCCCUAAGCAGCUGCUCAGUCUGUCCAUAGUCUGAACCGGCCUGCACAUAUGAUCACUAUUUUACACAGUCUAUGGGUCAGACACAGUUUUCUUUAUUGAUUACGUUGAACUUUAACAUGAAAUAUCCAAAAAGUAGAUCCACAAAAGCUGAAUCUGAUAGAAAAUUGAAGAAUAUGAUUAAUUUGUGCUGCUCCCGUCUGUUUUAAAUAUGACUGGUGUUGACUAUAGCGUGUUUAUGUUCAGGCUAAAAUGUCUGAGAUACCCUAGAUUUUAGAUUUUACUUUGAAUACGAUCGUCUGAGUUGGAGAGUGGAGUCUGAGCCCGCGGUGCUUUGUCUGCCGGACCCAAAUUUAACCAAAUCUAUUUGAAUUUUCAUUUUAUUUUGAAUGAUCAGCGCAGCCUGUGAUCGGCUCAAAUUCUGUAAUCGAUAAUUCUGUGUCCUGUUUACUCUUUCUAAGUAUUUCAUUUUUAUUUUAUAGACAAAUAUAUGUUAUUUUCCUUAAACUGUGAAUAUUUUGGUCUCAGAAUUUUAGAUUUUUUACCGUUUUAGCCCAAGGUUUUGGCACUUUUUAAGAACGUCCUGAUUAAGUUUGCGAUCUGCCUUUUAAUGUGCGUUUUGAUUUGAUAUAAAACGGAGCGCCCCCCUCUGGUUCUUGAAGUACGUUUCCUGUUAAUUUUCCCCGUAGGCUUUUGGAAAAAAAUUACAAAAAUUAAAUUAAAAAAUUAAGUUUGAAAGCUCAGGGCUGAUCAGCUCUGUGGUGACUAUAAAUCGCUGAAUUAUUACAGUUGAUACACAUUAUCAUUAUAAUACUGUUUCCUCAUCACAAACAGACCUGAAGUUGUAUUUUUUUUGUUUAAUUCUCACAUGUUUAACACACAAACGCUGCAGAUUUAGGCUGAGUUCUUCUUCUCUCAAACAGUAAACGCUCUGUUCCACCUUGUGAUGUCAUUGUGUGGUGAUACAGGAAGUGCUUCACUGUGUUUUUAAACUCCACACACCUGAACUAGAAUCAUUUAGAUUUGGAUCUUUAGCGCUGGAAUUGCUCGACUCUACAAAAGGUAAAAGGAGCUGUUUACAUGAAAACUAUGAAAACGACCACUUCAUGACAUCACAAGGUGGAACAGAGCGUUUUGAGCUUUGGAGAUUUAGACUAAAGCGCAACUCCAGGUGUGUUUUUGAGGAGGUAACAGCGUUAUAACAUGGAUUAAAGCUCAUUUUGCGUAAAUAAAGUGCCUUUUGGACGCUUAAUAAAUUUUAUUAUUAAAGUUUGGAAAAAUCUUUGGGAAAAUUGAAUGGAAAACGUACGUCCGGAAGCAGAGCCGACUCGGAAGUGGGCGGGACUGCUGAUCUCUGUAAGACAAUCAUCAAACAUUUAGGAUCAGCCUGAAUAUUUCCUUUUGGGGAGAAUACUUUUUUUAUAAAUCACUAUUGAAAACUUUAUCAGAACUUCCAAUUAUUAAAAAAAAGUUUAUUUUUGACCUUAAUUUAAAGAAAACUAAAUUGUUAAGUGAAUCAACUUGUUUUAAAUUCAUACUUUCAUCAGAGAAGCACCGAUCCACCGUUUUCAAAUCCGAUACUGAUUUCGAUACUAUGGCUUUAAAUGUCGGCCGAUUCCCGAUAUCGACCGAUACCAGAGGAGAGACUGAAAACAAACUUUAUUUUCAUUUAAACUAAAAUGAAUAAAACCAAACUGAUGUAAAUGUGUUGGAUCUGUCAUCAAUGUACAUGUCCAACUAGGAUAUCGACUGAACCGAUAUUUAGAAAUCGAUAUUGGCGUUGGAUCGGUGCAUCCCAAGUUUUUAUCGAGUGAAAUGUUCCUUUUGCCUGAGACCAAAGAGUGAAGUUUGAGUGUGAGCUCUGAACAGUGUUAAAGUGACACGAGUCUGAUCCACUGUAAUUUAAAAUAAACAUUCAGUGAAUUUGUCUCGUUUUAAUUUUAGUGUUUUA